GUAUGUAGCAAGUAGAGGUUAAAGGCAUAGAGACGUCUCCAGAAAUAGACUGCUAUUACCCAGUCUCCCAGUGAAGACAUGAGAGGGAUGCCUUCACACUCAUGCUACCUGUGCGAUUUACAAUGCAGCAAAAUUUGAAGCAUUUUCUGUAAAUCUAUUUUACCAUGAACAUGAUUCAUACUUCAUAUUCUACUUGCAAUUUUGUCUAUUUAUUAUCCAUAUCUUGGGAUUGUUCUGGCUGGAAUUCAGAAUGCAGGUGAUAUGAUUAUAAGAAAAUAAGGCUAGAAUAGGAUGUGAUUCUUUGGAUCCCAGGGCUACAGAUUUUAAGGCACUCUAAGGAGAGAGGUGUUGUAUUCCUGAAAAUGCCUUUCUGGAAAGGAGCAGAGGAAAAAGCAGCUAAAAUCCAUGUUUCAAGCAGAGAGUGUGAAACCCCUCCAGGAAAAGUACGAGAGAAAUUCAGCCACCUGAAGCAAAGGUCUCCUCCGGCAGGCCGACCCCACUUGUCCCAGGAGGAAAGUAAAGACAUAGAACAAGCAGCACAGAAGGAAAAGUUGCACGCAGAGCUUAAGAAAGUUCUGCUUCUAAAGGGACAGAAAGCCUUAGUGGAACAGGAACCAGCUAAAAUGGAGACCCCAAUCAAGAUUACAGAGGAGACGCUGCAAACCUCAGAGGUGGUAGAGGUUAUUGUAGAAACAGAAGCUAAAGCUGGCAUGAGUGGCAUCGUCAUUUCUGGAGGUGGCAGAGAGGGAGUGAUUAUCAGAGAUGUUGUCAAGGAUUCACCUGCUGCUAAAACGUUGCCUCUUUUGGAAGGAGACCAGCUCCUAAGUGCCCAUGUCUUUUUUGAAAAUGUCAAAUAUGAAGAAGCUUUAAAAUUACUUCAGUGCAUGGAGCCUUACAAAGUCUCAUACUGCCUUAAACGGGCUGUACAGUCCUCAGAUGUCACAGUGUCGCCAACAUCCGGAAGUGUAGAAGUCAAGGGUCCAAAGACCAAGAUGCCCAAAAUGACUGUUAAAAGCCUCACAUCAGUGAAAAAGAAAAAGAAGAAGGAGCCAAGCCAAGUAAAGGGUUAUGAAGAAGUCUCCAUAGAAGCCCACAAAGGUUCAGAAGUAUCUGUUGGCAGUAUGGAUAUUCCACCUGUUGAUGUUGAGUUUUCAUUUCCCAAGUUUUCAAAGUUGAUAAAAACCAAAAGUGCAGUGGAGACUACCACUGACAUCAAAAGCACAAAGGUUUCAACUAAGAUAUCCACUGCAGAAGAAAAACGAGCUAAAAUAAAGUUCCCUAGACUUAGAGUAAAAGAUGCAGCUGCUGGGGUCAAGGUGACAUCAACAAAAACCAGUUCUGAAUUAGAAGUAAAAGAAAAGGAGAAAUCUACAUUUGGAAUUUCUUUUCCUAAAUUUAUUAAGUCACCAAAAGUAGAUGUGGUGGUGCCAAAAACAGAAGUAGAACUUUCUACACCAAAACUGGAAAUGAAAACCAAGGAAGAAAAAAUAAUUAAGGGUCCACAAGUUGAAAUAGAUAUACCAUUGCCAUCAAUAAAGGCGGAAACCUCAGAUAUUUCCGCAACAGAAAGUGUGAAAAUGGCCAUAUUGAGCACCACAGCUAAAAUUCCAGAUGUUGAAAUAAAAGUGCCUACAUCUCAAGUUGAAGUGCAUACAGGCAAGCUUAGCACACCCCAAAUGUCAAAUAUUGCCAAAUGUUUAACUAGUCUUGAAAAAGAAUCCUAUGUGGCUAUUGAGGGAAUAUCCAAGACAGAAAUAAAACUUCCUUCUGUUGAAAUAGCAGCACCAAAGCUUGAUGAUUUGAGCCUGUCUAAAAUUGAAGGCAAAGCUGGAGCUGAGCCAUCUGAUUCAGGUAAAAUGUUUCAAAUCAAAAUCCCACAUUUAGGUCUGUCAUCAAAAUCUCCAGAGGACGAUUUGGACGUCAAGAAACAUGAUGGCAAGAAACAUGAUGGCAAAAAACCUACUGAAGACAAAUCUAAAAUGCCUUCUCUGAAAUCUCCAGAAAUUGGUCUUAUUGUAUCUAAAGGAAAAGUUGAGGGGGAUUUUUCAGAAAAGAAAGCUGUUAUGAAAUUACCCUCUCUAGACAUUUCUGCUCCUAAGCUGGACUUUGAUAUAAACAUUCCUAAAGGAAAAUUGGAUACAGAGCUCUCAAUUGAACUGGAUGCUCCAGCUCCUGCUAUUCCUGAUGUAACUUUAAAAAUACCCACAAUUACCCCCCCUAAAACGGGAAUGAAGGUCAAAGAAGCAUAUGCUGAAUCUCCUAAACUAAAAACUGGAAAACUGCAGACUGAUAUUAAAGCAGAGACAACUGAAACAGAAACUUUAUUUGAAAUUCCAGAUUUCACAAUAAAAAUGCCUAAAAUAGGCAUUCCUUUGCUUGGAACAAAGGCAGAAACGCCUCAUGCAGAAGUAAAAACAGGAAAAAUUGCUGGGGAGAGUCCAGAUAUCAAACUGAAAAGACCAAAAAUCAAAUUACCUAGUUUUGGCAUAUCUUUGUCCAAAGAAAAAUCUGACUUAUCUCUUCCUGAAAAAGACAUAUCAGAGAAAGAAACAGCGACAGAAACAGAUGGAAAACUAAAAAUCCCUUUAAUUAAGGUGCCGUCUGUUGAUAUAUCUUUACCUAAAGUCCCAGAUAUUCAGUUAGUGAAACAUGAAGUUACUCUACCUUCACUUAAAGCAGAUAUAAAGGCUCCUGAGCUUGAAGUUCCAGAGACUGGCGACUUGCAGUUAAAAAUGCCAAAAGUAUCCUUACCUAAGUUUGACCUGUCAACAAAGCUUGAAAAACCUCUGUCAUCUUCUCCAAAAGUGGGAAAGCAUGAUAAAAAGACAGAUACAAAGAUUCCAGAAGUGGACCUAGAUGUGAAGGGAGACAAAAUGACAUUCUCAAAGGUAGAUAUUUAUCUUCCUAAGAUAAAGACGGGUGAUUUAGACAUUCUUUCCCCAAAAACAGAUGUAGACAUUUCAGUAGAUAAACCAAAAUUAGGAAUGAAAAUCCCCAAAGUGGUAUGUGAUGCAAUAGCAUUUAAUGCAGAAUCAAGAGUUGACAUCACUUCUGUUAAAGUGCCUGAUCUUGAGAUAGUCGCACCUAGGUUUGAUGUUGAUUUAACCAUGCCAAAAGUCAAAGCUGAAGCUUCAGAGUGUCUUCUUAAAGAACCAGAGUGUGACUUGCAGCUGCCAAAGUUAAAUCUCCCUAAACUUAGUGAUGUAGCAAAAGAUAUGGCUGUUGAACUUGAUGUUCCAAAAAUAACAGGUGAUGUCUCUUUCUCACAACUUGCUGCUCAUUUAAAGGGUCCUGAACUGGAGGGAAAGGAUGUGACUGAUACAGGGGCAAAGAUUCAUCUACCAAAAGCUUUAUUAGGAUUUGUAAAAUCCACAGAGGAUCACAUUUUGGAAGUAAAGGAAAAGACAGAUGUAAAAAUCCAAAAAGAAAGAACAGAUGCACAGACAACAGAUGCCAAAAUCAAACUGCCUUCGGUCCAACUACCAUCUGUAGAAAUCGCUGUACCUAAAAUUCCUGAUGUUGAUAUUGAUGCAAGUAUACGAGAGGUUGCUAUAGAGGUACCAAGUACAGAGGAAAGAACAGCAGGGAUCAUUGGUGAGAAAGACGUAAAAUCAAAGUCAACAAAAUUUUCCUUUCACAAACUUGGAAUAUCUGGACCCAAAAUUAAAAAAGGUAUAGAGGCAGAGACCAAAUCACAUUUGGAAAGAGAAAAAGAAAUGCCAUUAAAGGGACCAAGAAUGAAAAUGCCCAAGUUUGGACUCACUUUUCCAAAAGCAAAGCAUGAUAUAGAUGAGGAUGUUGCUAAAUUAAGCAAAAAGAAAACAGAUAUCUCAGUCUGCAAAGAUGAUGACUCAUCUGGAGGGAAGAUAAAACUUCCAUCAGUGAAACUUCCUUCUGUUGACAUUUUGGCUCCAAAACUAGAAGUUGAUAUUGGAGUUUCAAAGGAGGAUGCUCUUCUUGUGACAGACAAACCAACUGAUAUUAGUAUUGACAUCCCAGAUGUUAAGGUUAACCUUCCCAAAUUUUCACUGCCCAGGUUUGGCAGCAAGAUCAAAAGAGGUGAAAUGGGUUUUGAAAUGGAAAGCUCUAAAUCAGGUGAGAAGGCGUCAGUAAAAUCACCGGUUUCAAGAGGUGAUAGUGGUGAUAAAACAGGAAAAGAGCCUAAAGUGAAGAUGCCAGCAAUCAAACUGCCUUCAUUUGGAAUAUCAAAGAAAGAAUCAGGAAUUUCAGAUGCUAACCUAGAGGUGAAAAUUCAAAAGUCAAAAGAGCAUGGGAAAGAAUCAAAAGUGGAGACAGAUGUUAAGGAAACCAGUGAGAAAACAACAUUCAUGAAAAUGCCAACAUUUAAAAUGUCUCCUAAGGUUAAAGCACAUGAUGUUAGCCUUGGUAUGAAAGGUUCAAAAGAGGAUCUUCAUCUACCUGAUGUCCAUGUGAAAGUUCCCCAUAUUGCAUUGCCUUCCAUUGGGAUGAAAAGUGAUAAAUCAGCUGAUAUCCCACUAAUAAAAUCAGAGGCAAAAGUAGCAGAAUGGGUUCAAGAGCAAGAAAUGCACUUAGAAAAAAUAAAAAUGCCUUCAUUGGAAGUUUCAGUCCCCCAAGAAAUUCAGUCACUGCUAAUUUCUGUUCCAUGUGUUAAAGGAGAUGUUUUCACCUCUUUACCAAAAGCAGAAGUUGGUGUUUCAGAUAUAUCGACAAAAGCACAUGAAGGAGAUAUGAAAUUACCUAAACUGGCCACAUUCAAUGUUCCUACCCCAAAGGUGGAGUUAGAUAUCAGUUUGCCUAAAACUUUUGAACACAAACCCGAUCUUUCUCUGGAAAAAUCAGAAAUCAAUUUAAAAAUUCCAAAAGUGGAAUUACCAAAGCUUGGGGAAAAUGAGCAAGACGUGUGUGAAACAGAAGGAAAGUUGAAGAUUAAAAUGCCUCAUGUUGACAUUUCAUUGCCUAAAAUCAAAGCAGAUGAAGAAGACAUACCAUUCAUAGAAGGGGAGAUGAAAAUGUAUGGGUCUGAUUUUGAGGUAAGGUCCAAAGAGGAAACAUUCAGUCUACCAUCUGUAGAGCUACCUAAAAUGUCUACUCCUAAAAUUCGAGCUCCAGAACUUGAACUUGAUAUUAGCCUAAGCAAGGAAGGCGACAGAGAUGCUGUGAUAAGUAGCCCUGAAAGCAGACCAUCUGAUCUAAAAUUCAAAAUGCCAAAAAUGAAACUGCCCAAAUUUAGUGGUUCCAAUGAUAUGGACGAUGAAACUGCUAAAGUGGAUGUCAAAAUCUCAAAGACAAAGGAAAGUACAGAUUCUGGGCAAUCAGGCUUCAAGCUUAAAUUGCCUAAACUGCAUGUAGGUUCUUUAAAAGCUAGAGGAGUGGAUGAUGUGUCUGUGGAAAUGGAAGGUGAACACAAAAUAAUCAAGAAAGGAUAUACAAAGGCUAUAGAUCAUGAAGAUUCAGAAGAUAGGAGAGGGUAUAAAAUCAAGAUGCCUUCAUUUGGUAUUUCUAAGGACAGCGCAGAUGCUUGCACAGAACCCUUGCACUUAGCAUCAGAUGGGGCUGAAGUAAAGUUCAAAAUGCCUAAAGUCAACAUUCCUGAUGUUGGAUUUUCCAGAAGUGAAGCAGGGGGCAAUGAAACAACCUUAGAAAAGGGAUCUAAAUCAACCACUGCUGAGAAUUUAGAUUUAGAUUUGGGUCUGAAAAUUCCAAAAAUAAAGAUGCCAUCUUUUGGCAUGCCUGGUCGAAAGGUAGAUGAUGACAUGAAUAUGUCACUUGAAGAGGAUAAAGAAGCAAAUAAAUCUUUAUUUAAGGUGCCAGACCUAGAAAUCUCCACCCCAAAGAUGAAAGCACAUGCAGAAUACGAUGUAGAUGGAACACUGGAGCACGAAAAAGAAGUAGUUACUAAGAAAAAACUUAGCAACAAAAUUAUUGAGUCAGCUGAAGAGGAUUCUGGGAAAAAAUACAAAGUAAAAUUGCCCAAAUUUGCAAUCAGUUUACCCAGAUCUGUUCAAGCUGAUGUUGAAAUUUCAGCACCUAGAUUACAAUCAGAGGGUGAAGAGUCUGAAGCAAGUCUGAAAGGCAAAAGUUUAGAGCAUGACAAUCAAACAGGAAAAAAGUUCAAAAAAACGAUUUUCUCAGUAGGAAAAACAAAAGAGAAACAUUUCCUAAUGGCAGAUGCAGGAGAAGGAGACGGUCCAGAAAUGAAAAUUAAAAUGCCAAAAAUAAAGAUGAAACCUACUUUUGGAAUGUCAGGAGGUAAAGUCAAAGGGAAAGAAGUAAAUGGAGAGUUUGAUGGUUCUGCAAAGGAAGAUACUGAUAUUAACCAUGAUGGCACAACAAAGUCUUCAAAGUUAAAGUUUCCCAAGUUAGGAUUUUCUUCCAACAAAACAAACUCUGGUGACGUUAACAUUAAUGGCCUGAAUGGUGAAACUGAUGUGUCAGCACUUCAUGGUGCACAGGAGGGUAUGGUGAAAAUCGGAAAAAUAAAGUUACCAAAGGUUGAGUUUUCCUCACCUCAUAAGGUGAAAACAGAUGGUGAAAUGAACUUAAAGUUGGUCAAAGCAGAAGAGUCUGAUUCCAAAGAGGAGGGCAAAGAGAAUACACUCACAACCAAAUUUAAAUCACCUAAAAUAACAUUUUCAGGGUUCAAGAAGAAAGAUAAAGGGGAGGAACAUCAGAUCAGUUCUUCUACAAGAACAGAGUUGGCAACAGUGGAAAAUAUUAAGGAAGGAGAAGGAAAAACUGGGAGAGCUAAAAUGUCACUGGGUUUUCUCUCAGGCAGAUCUAAAGGUGAAUACACAGUGGACAAUAGUGGAACAGAGAAAGGAUCCAUGGUGGAGGCCAAAGAAAAAUCAGCCAAGUAUAACUUGCCUAAAUUGUCUCUGAGCGCUAAAGCAGAAAGCGAUGUAGAGGUUAAAACUGAAACUCAUAAAAUUGUUGAUGAAAGUUCUCAAGAAGGUCUAAAAAUCUCCCUACCAAAGGUGGGUUUUACUACUGAAGAUGAAGAACAGAUAGAAGAAGAGGUGACUGGGGGCAUUCUGAAAAUUACAAAAAUAAAGCAAAUUAUAACAGAGACAGUGGCAGAAAAAACUCUGGCCUUAUGAACAACAGUUAACAGCCCUGCUCAGGACUUCAUAUAACAGUGUUAGACUGUCACUGGCAGACAGCAGCUAAUAUCUGCUCUAACAUAUUUUAUAUUGUUUUCCAGCAUUACCCAGUAGCAGGACUAAAAGCAAAUCCAACUCUGUGCAUGUAUGUGUUUCAGAAAGCUUAAGCGAUUAAAAAUGCUGGUCAGAAAAUAUAUCAAAAUUAAAAUGCAGAGCAAAUGUUUUUGGAGACUAGUUCACCUGGGAAAUGCUAUUGAUGGCAAUACAAAUAGGUGUAAAAUUUAACUGUAAUACAUAUAUGUGAGUGAUAUAUUUUCAUAUACAUACCCACAAUUUGUAUUAAAAUUGAGGGCAAUAAAACUUCUGUAUGUUGUGAAGAGGGAACAUUAUCACUAAUAUGGAGCACAAGAUAACCUCACAGCCUUGUUCGUCAUACUCAACAGCUUCUCCGGCACCCUUUUUCGCUUUUCACAAAAGUUGGUUUCCCCUGUUUGAUGAAGCUCUAUCUCUGUGGAAGAAUCACUAAUGAAGUACCAAAAUCAACAAUGGCAACAGUCUUUUACCCUGAUUGUGGUACUGUGGCACCAUCUCUGGCCUGUGCAUAAACUUAACAGCAAAGGAACCAACAUCCAUAACAUGAGUCAACCCAUGAACUGUUCAUAUAGGCAAUGUUAAACACUGGGGCAAAGGAUUUUGAGCAAAUUUUGCCUGGGAUGUGUGCAUUUGUGCUGAGUUUUCAGAUAUGAUUUGUUUAUCUUACCUUACAUGACAUAUAUAAUUAUGUGCUUGGCCUCAUUUUCUCUCAGUUGUUAUACGUAUUGUUAAUUUUUAAAUAUGGAAGUGGCUAAUUAAGUCAAAAUGCUUGUGUUCUGGCCAACAGGUGUUUAACCAAUUUUUUGCAAGCAAGAAUAUUAAAUGACCUGCACACAUAAUUAUAGCCUUUAUCAAAUGCAUGUGUGUUGAUGCAUGUGUGGUCACAAUAAAUGGGGUUCCCUGUCUACUUAAUAUUUUGUGUAUGUGCAACUCCUUUGAAACUCACUUGCAUUUUGUGUAGACAUGUGUAUCUAGAGGAGUCUGCACUACCAUUGCAGGAUUUUGGUGGAGAUGUGGCUAUACAGCAUUGCUGAACUUUAAUCACUUUCUGGACAGAUUAUAAAUUCUAGGACCAGGUAUCUGACCACCGAUGCUGUAGAAUUUACAUGUUGUGUGUUUAUUGGCAAUGCACAUUGUGAGAAGUUCAAAGGAGGCAGGCAGGGUAAGGCUUAAGUCAGUCGAUGUUUUCAGGAUAUUUAGUUCAAGUAAAGACAUGUAUGCUUGUGUCGAGCCAGUUACCAAGCAGCUUGGUGCAGUUAGUAGAAAGCUUGUAGCCAGGUAAUGUAUUGACAAAGAAUGGUGCUGUGAACCAUUUAGUGUAUUGCUGUAUUGGUUUCAUGGGAGCAAAAUGGUGGACAUGGUGGUUUGCAGACCCUUGUGUUGUUACUUCUGAUCAAGGACUAUAUUUAGACACAUUAGAGGUAUUGUAAUAAGAGGCGCAAAGUUUGGUUAAGGUCUAGGAAAUCUUAGUAACUAGUUGAAUGUUUGCUUUCCAACAUAGACCAGUGCUACCUGGUUGCUCUGAUUUACAGGAAAGAAAUUAUGCCUUUUUGUCUUUGAUAAGUAUGACCCUGUGUGUGUCCCUCACCAUUACAGUUUACAAAACCAUUGGCAUAUUUUAUUUGCUUAUUAUCACAUAGUUUAAAUGUACACAGCAUCAUUUUCAUCUAAAACGGUCACAUUAUAUUUUGCAACUGUCGACCCAUUAUGCCCUAAUCCUACCCUGCCUGCUGAGUCAAAUGCUAUCAAUCCCAUGUCUGGUCAGUGUUUUGUCUAAAAGUGGAUGUUUGGUAGAGCUAAGCAAGUGAAUAUCUGCACUGCACUUUGGCCUCUGAAGGGCACUGUUUGUUUAAAUUUACAUAUUAAGUUACAUUUCUCCUCUCAAGUGCUGCUAGUAUGGCAAAUCUCACAUAUAUUGAUAAAAAACAAAUUAGGUAGUAUCUGUGUAAUGUCGGCAAUAGAUCUAAUACCCAUUACAACCAAACAGGCGACCAAUAAGGGCUAGCUGCUUAUUGGUUGUUAAUGAUUACUAGACAUGUUCAAGACAAAGUAGGCAAACGUACAAAGAAUAGUUUCCAUAAUAGGAACAUCUCAAAAAUAUUGUGCAUUACUAUAUUAGGCCCUUAAGGUGAUAUAGGCCAUACUGAAGUUUAGGAAGGCAAUUCCACGGGAGAAUUAUAAUACAAUAAUGCUAAGAAAAAAAGGAUUUCUCUCUAAAUUAAAGAAAUACCCUCAGAUAUUCUUGGUGACAGUAACUCACGCGGUUGGGCUUAGAAAAAUCUGAAAUAUUCAGAAUGCAUUUUGAAUUAGUUAAAUAGAAACAGCUUGCUGUAGUAUGCAAAUGAAAAAGAAACCAUUGGUAUGUCAUCCUUUUCUCCAUACACACUCAGUAUUUCUGCCCAAUUGAUUUUUCAACACAUUCAAUAAUAGCUGUCAAAAUUCUGCCCUGACUCUUCUAAGAAGAGCUUAGGCAGAUGGGUCAUUGCACACUUCCAUGGGGACAACUGGAAACAACCAGUGGUGCUUGGGCCUAGAAGUUUCUCCAGCUAAUGCCAAAUAUUGUUCACGUUAAAAACAAUCCUCCCUGUGAAAUUGGGUGCUUGGGAUGACAUCUCAAUGGUUGUUAAAAUUAUGGCUGAAUCUCUGUCAAAUGAUACUCUCAUGUGAGUAAAUCGUGCCAUCUGAAUAAUCCAAUAUCUUUGGUGGGAUGGCCGAAAAGACAUGUAUAAACAAAGCUAUGGUUACAUAAACUGCAUUUUUCCAUCCUCCAGACCACCAUCAUGCCAGAAGGAAGUGGCCACAAUUGCUAACCCUGGGAAAUCAUUCAAAAGUGCCAAGAAGUGUACGAGAUGUUGAUCAAGCUGAUUUCUCUCCAGUGCAAAACUAGAAGUUAUUGGGCCCCAUGGUAAAACUUUGGAGUCCCCUCUUGUGCAGAGAAAAUUAUCAGAUCACUUAAAUAUUUACUGAAACAAUUAUUUACAAAUUACUAUCACAUAUUAACUAGGACAUUGAUAGCUUUGAUUCUGUCUCAGUUCUCACUGGAACCCCAUAGUAGCCACAUGAUCUGCUAUCUUUAUAACUGAGUUCAUGUCUUUCUCAUCUUUGCAAAUAAGCAAUUGAAACUAAUUUACUAAUGCAGGAGCUAAAUUGCACCGGUGCUGUUACUCUUAGCAAUCAGACCUUUAUGGAACUUGCAGAUGACAAAUCAGAACUAAUAAUCACUGCACUGGUGCAACUUAGCACCUCUGUCUGUUAGUCACAAUAUGUUAACAAUGACAGCAAAUAACAGUGAUUAACUAAAUCAUUUUAUUUCUACAUUUUAUUGCUACCCUGGUUUAUUGACAUUUGACAGUGUUUGCGGUAUCAAUAAUAUUUCGACCAUUAACCAAAGACGAAAAAACUAAAAUUAAUGUUAGAAUAUCAUCCUAUUGGCAGGUUGUCAUAAACUGUAAUCUGGCCUAAAAUAUCACAAACGAUUAGGAAUGUGGUGUCAUGAUGGUUAAUGUUGGAGGUGGAAAAUGAAGCGCCAUGUUGUAGCAGGUCAAAUGGAUAGUGUACACUCACCUAACACUUGCGAUAUAAUGGAACAGAGAUCAUAUUGCUGUUAUUGGUACACAUAUAAGGUUGUUACAUAGAGUAUUUUUAUAGAUGCAUUAUCAACAAAUUAUAUCAAACAGUAACAGCAUGCUUUUAUAUAUGCCAUUAAAAAGCUGUGCUAUCAAUUAUUGAAGCAAUAAAGGUGCUUCAAGUUUGCCCUUUUGCCAUUCAGAACUCUCUAUCUGAGCCAACUUCAUACUUAACAUCAUUUACAUUUAUCAUAAAGAUAUUUUCAAACAGUACCAUCCAUCUCUCAGCAAGGAAGGAGGAGUACAGGGGGCAUGCUAGGUUCUUCAAAAGUUCCGUGACCUGUAUAAAAAUACUCAGCUUGCAGAGCCUAUAUACAUAGUCAUUGAACUCUUCAUUGACUUCUAAUAUCAUUAGAUGUCAUUAAUGGGGACAUUGUUGCCUAUAUCUUGCAGGGGGCAGCUCGAAAUCUGACCAUUUGUUAUAGCAGAAACAUAGAAAAGAUAAUUGUUACAAUUAACCAAAUUAGAGUCACAGAAUGCACAGCAAUUAAGAAAUCUCCUAUAAGUCUUAUUUUCCUGCUGAUCCCCAUAAUGCCACGUUGAUCAGCCUCACUGUGUCAUAAUUAACAAUAGCGCAUUCCCAGGCCAAGUAUAAAUGUCUUCUGUGCCAUGUCCACUGGCAAACAUUUAACUGUAGUUGGUUGGUAAAUUUUAAACUAUAUUGUAGUAUGUUAAAGUAUGUAUUACUGAUUUUAAUAAUUGCCCAUUUUUUCUUUUUAACUAUGUUGUCAUCAGAAGCCAUAUAGAUUGCUAUCCAUGGGCUUUUCUCCCAACCAUGCAACAAGCAAAAGCCACUUUCAAUUUUUUAAUGCAUCUCAGGUGAAUGAACAGUAUGUAGGAUGGGAAUGUCCAUUUUUUUAAGGUAGCGUGUCCUUUAUCCUAAAGUUACCAGGUCUCUAAAGUUACCAAAUCUAAUUUACAUGUAAUAAAUGAAAGUUGACGUCUAGUUUGAUUCUCCCAAAUUUCACAUGCUCGUGUAACCUUGCAUUGCAGUGGGCCAUAACAAUUCCUUAGAGGCCUGGGUUUGGCAAAAAAAAGCUUGAAAUGACAUUAAGAUCGGAAAAAUGUAGUAAAAGGUGCACAAUUUGCACAGGUCUAGUAACCCAGAGCAACUAAUCAGCUGGUAUAAUUUAAUGAUGUUGGAGGAAAUGUGAUUGGUUGCUCUAGGUUACUAGACUUGGUUAACAUUUUGUUAAAACUGCUAUAUAUAAUAUAUGUAAAAACCCUUCUUACAAUAUUAGUAAGUAAAACACUUGAUAUUUGAAAUGGCAGAAUAAUCAAUGUAAUGUUUCUGUACUACACAGCAACAAGCCUCAAUUGUUCAUAUGUAUAUGUAAUCUAAACUAUUGUGUAUCAGUUGGCACUGACUUGGAGAAGCUCAAUCAGAAGUGAACAACAGAAAUAAGAAACUACUAGAUUUGUUUGGAUAACAUCAUAAUCCUUUGUAUGAAAACAAAUCCUGGUAUUAGUCUUGAAGGUUAAGGUAGGGUAUAUUCUAUCUGUGUAUGUAUGCCACUGCUAUAUAACAGCUUCCAUACUAUGUAAACAGAGAAUUACUACAAGAUGUAUAUUGUAUUUUUGUAAUAGCUUUAUUGUUAGUUAUUAAAAAUUCAAGCAAGUUUUUCUUUGAAGUGCUCUUUUGAAACAGACAUCUCAUUGUAAAUUACUGACUAACCGCUUUCCUGGAUUUAUUUUGUUCUUUUUUUUGUAAUUUACAUUUUGACAUAAUAAUCAGAAAUGUAAUAAAAAUGUUUAUUAAACUUUCAAAUGAAAAUACUACCAGUA